CGAAUACUUUUGCAAGCCACUGUAUAUGCCUGACAACAUCGGGAGAUACUUCAAAUGAGAUGACAGAUUGUGUUCUGGGGGGAGGAUCUCCUCACAGAUCUGGAUCAGGGUAUCACUGAGCUCUUUGACAGUCUGAGGUACAACUGGGUGGCAUUGCAUGACCUCAAACAGUUUUUCAGAGGUCUUCUGUUAGAUUUAGGUCAGGGGAAUGUCAAUGGUAUCAACUCCUUCAUCCUUCAUGAACUGCCUGCAUACUCUCAUCGCACGAGGCCAGGCAUGCACCAGAAGAAACCCCGCACCCACUACACCAGCGUAGUGUCUGAUAAUGGGUCCAAGGCUUUCAUCCCGAUACCUAAUGGAGGCAGAAAUGGUAACAUAAAAAUACUGUUGUGUAUAAAAAGUCUUUCUUUCUUUAAGAAUUUAAUGGUUCGAAAUUUAUUUUCAUAUUUUCAUGGUCUUGGAUUUCAAAUCAGUUUUUAAAUUGGUGCACCAAAGCACAACAGGGAUUUGCUCCAGAAUGAUACUAUGCCAGCAAUUACUGCAGUUCAACUGAAAGGUAUUGGUAGUUAUUUUCAACUGCCAGACAUUUGAAGUCUGUUGAAUAUCUUUAAAUUAGUAUGACUCAUCCAGAAAACGUCAAGCAGGGGUGGUACAGGAAAUGGCUGUGAUUAGCAUAUGCAGGUUUGUGGUUAGUUGCCAGAGGUGGCAAAAGUAUGUUAAAAUGCGUUUGCUUAACUGAAAGCUCCAAAAUGUACCUGAAAUAAGAAUGUAAAAAGUUGUUCCUCAAAGGACAAUUUCGCUAACAAUUUUGUACAAAGGUAUUCAGAGAAUCAGAUAGACUUUAUAAAUCCCAGAAGGAAAUUGAGUUGUCAUAGCAGCAAAAAUGCAAUACACACCAAGCACUCAUAUAAAAUGAGUGUACUAACAGAGGUUUUGAUAAACAAAUAUUAAGGUAAAUAGAUAAAAAAAAAAAAAAUAGAGAUAUAGCUUGAAUAUAAAAGGGCAAGUAUGUGUGUAAAUAUAUGUCAUGGUAUAUAAAAGUGACGGGGUCCAUUGAGGUGAGAUUAAUUCUGUUCCACAUGGGUGGACCUGACCCAAGUGGAAGAAUUAAUGAGUCUGUUAGCAGUGGGAAGAAAUGACCUGUAACGUUCCCUCAGACAGCGAGGUUGAAUGAACCUGUUGCUGAAACUGCUCUUCAGAUUGUCAAGUGUGCUAUUGAGGGGGUGGGAGGCAUUGUCUAUGAUUGCCAACAGCCUGUCACUGAUCACCUCCUCCAGGGUGGCAAGCUUCAUGCAUGUUGCUUUGUUUUUCUGUUUUCUCCCUGAAGGAUUGCCACCUUAAGGUGGUCAGGGUGUUUGCACACAGUUUGUGUGUUUGGUGAUGUUUUAUUGAACUGACAGAAAAGCUGAUUUUAAAAUUACCUGCCAAUGAAAAAAACAUCACUCUCUUCCUGUUUCCUUCUUUUCUGUAGUGCUAGCUAGAUUCGGAAGUACUGCAAACCUGUUUUGAAAAUGUUACUUUUUUCUGUACUUUCGAUUCAAAAUUUGGGGAGUAAAAGUAAAACGUCCAAAAAUAAAUACUUAAAGUACAGAUACCUGAAAACCCUACUUAAGCACAGUAAUGAAGUAUUUGUACAUUGUUUUUUUCCCACCUGCCAUAUAAUCAGAAAAUAGUUUACAAUCAUAUUGUUCUGUGUGGUUGCUAAAAUUUUCUCUUGUAAAUCUGAGGCCCAAGUGCCUAAACCCUGCACUGGCUGCAGAUGUUCGUUGGACAGUCAGUGACAUUUCUUUUUUGAUACACUUUGUUCUGUUUAUAUGUACUAACAAAACCUGAGCACUAAAACAUCUUUGGAAGCUCAUUAAACCAUGUUUCCGGGAACUCCGGCUUCCUCCCACAGUCCAAAGACAGUUAGUGGGGCAUGCAUCAUAGAAAUUCAAUUGCAGAAUGGGAAAAUCCUGAUUGAGAUCUUAAUUCAGUUAAUAACGGUGAACUCUUUCAGGGAAAUACUAAGGAAAAACGGCUCUGCAGUAGAUGCCGCCAUUGCUGCGCUGCUGUGCACCUCCAUUAUCAACCCACAGAGUGCGGGAAUCGGAGGAGGGUCCAUAUUCACAAUUAUGGACCGCUCUGGUAAAGUAACAAUAAUCAACUCCAGAGAGACUGUCCCCAGCAACGUGACCCCUGAUCUGCUUAAGUCAUGUGAUAACACCUCAGACCAGAAACAAGAUAGCAGAUGGAUUGGGGUUCCUGGGGAAAUUCGAGGUUAUGAAGCGGCACACCGGCUGUAUGGGAAGUUGCCGUGGGCCGACCUCUUUCAGCCGGCCAUCAAACUGGCCAGAAAUGGGUCCCGUAUUGAAUACACCCAUGGUCAAUACAUCCAACGCAUUAAUAAUACGUUAAUACGGGAGUUAUAUUUAGAUAAAAAUGGGAACCUGCUUAAGACCGGUGAUACUGUGAAAUUUGAGAAACUGGCUGACACUUUGGAGACGAUCGCAAACGAGGGACCAGAUGUGUUUUACAACGGAACAAUAGCAAAGAAUUUAAUCAGUGACAUACAGAAAGCAGCAAACGUCACGGACUUGAAAAACUGGAAUAUUUCACGGGAAGGAAACCUCACACUGGGGGACUUGGCAUCAUAUGAAGUUAAAGUGACUGAAGCGUGGAAUAUUUCUUUGGGAGAUUAUAUGAUGUACUUCCCUCCACCUCCUGCAGGAGGAGCCAUUCUCAGCCUCAUCCUCAACAUCAUGAAAGGAUAUAAAAUAAAUAAAGAACCUAACACGACCGAUGAAAAGACAUUAUUCUAUCACCGUUAUAUUGAAGCUUUAAAAUUUGCCAAUGGAUUAAGGAAACGUAUCGGAGAUCCAAAGUUCGACCCAGCAAAUUUCACAAAGGCAAAAAAUUUAACAGAGGAUAACUUUGCUGACUGCAUACGAAGUUUGAUCACUAACGAGACUCAUGCCCCUGAGUAUUAUGGUGAUACCCAGUAUGUGGACAGCAAAGGUACCACACACGUUUCUGUGCUGGCUGAAGAUGGAUCUGCUGUGUCUGUCACCAGCAGCAUCAAUGAUGAAUUUGGCUCCAAGGUCCUCUCUCCAAGCACUGGAAUCAUCCUCAACAACCAGCUGUCUGACUUCUGUGGAAGAAGAUCUAACAUCUCCCCUGGGGAGCGUCCUCCUUCCUCUAUGGCCCCAGCUGUGCUGAAGUCCCAGUCAAAGAUGCUGGUAAUCGGAGGAGCUGGUUCGACUAUGAUUACAACUGGAAUAGCCUCAGCACUCAUCAAUCAUCUUUGGUUUAACAAGAGCCUUGAGGAUGCAAUUAAAGCUCCAGUUUUUUUCGUCGACUCCGAAUAUGACGUUAUGUUUGAACCCGAGCUUACCCAAAAGGAUUUAAUAAAUUCUCUUAAAGCUCUGGGACAUAAUAUAGCAAUAUUCUACAAUGUAGUUAAUGCUGUGGAGAAGGAGGAUGAUGGCUGUAUCUCUGCGUGGUCUGAUGAAAGGAAAAAAGGCAAAGCAGCUGGCUACUGAGACCAAGAGUCAGUGAUGUGAGUUAUUUAGCUUGGCCUUAAAGUUAUAGACCGUCCUGAAGCCACAAAAUCUGCAGCAGAUGAUGUCUUUACUGCUGGAAAAUCAUUGAAAAGUAAUUAUUAACAGUGAGAAGAGUCAAAAGGAAAUAACAGACCCUCUGACCCUCUUUCUGUUCAGGUUGUUUGUUCACAUUCUGAUCUCUGUUCUGCAAUUACUUACAGGUUUCUUUGGUAAAAGUGAAGUCAGUACAGAUCAUUUUCCAUCUACAUAAACUUAAUGACAAAUAGAUGAUUCAAUCAAUUCAAUGAUCAAAUCUUUUAAACUCAAAUAUUUAUUCAUACAUGUGCAAAACAACAUUGUAAAAUAUGAGAAAUUUUAUUUUUUAAUUGAAAGACAAAAAUAGUUUUGAAGAUUAUCAAAAAAAUAUUGAUCCUUGGCCACAUUGUUAUCUUGAAGAUUGAUAUCAGCCCUAAAUUCCAUGCAGCUCUUAAACAUUUUAGUUUAUUUUGAUUUUAAUGCCAACAACAUAUUCCAAAAAAGUUUUGAUGAGGCACUAAAAGACUGAAACCCACAUUUUUUUUUCUCUAAGCAAAAGCAACCAUCAGGUCAUGGGGAGAAAACUUUAGUUCCUGUUUUGAGUGGUUCCUGGAGUUUCAUGUCUGUAGGGAAAAUGUCUGCUUACAGCAUCUGACAGCAUGUCCAUGUACGUGCUGUCAGUUGAACGAUUCUGUGGAAUCUGGUUACUUGCUCUUUAAUUGUUUGGUGUUUUAGUUGUUUGAUAGUUGUUGAAAUUCUUUGGUGAGCUUUCAGCUUAGAUUCUGAUGUUUCUGACAAUAUGUAUUAGAAUUCAAAUAGAUUUCAGGAUUUAAUGAAUUAAUAUCUGAUUAUUUAAAUUAAAUUGUAUUUGAAUUGGGAAAUCAAUUCUUUUAAAUCCACCUCUAGAUCCAAGCCCCGAUAAAUGGGAGUGUUGCAUUUUAAAUUGAAUUCGAUUGUAUCUAUUGUCGUGACAUCUGUAGUAGAAGGAGAUUGAAGCGUCUCUCUGGCUGCCUCUACAUCGCAGGUAGGAAAGGUUAAAGGUCUUUAUAUCCAGUCUUAUGUGAUUAAAAAUGUGCUAUAACAGAGCUUUUCUCUAUUUCCUAAUAAUAAAGCAUUUUUAUUCUUAAUCAAAGAGAAAUUAAAAUAUAACUUUGAUCAAUAAAUAAAUGAGAAACAUAGUUUGACUUGUGGAAAUAACAUUUCUAAUGUCUGAUGGCUUGUGUGUGUGCACAUGAGCCAGCUUCAACCUUGGUAAUUUUGUGUGCGUCUGGAGGAAUGCAGAAAGAUAAGAACUGUGCCGCCUGCUCAUCAUACACUUAAUUCUGAAUCAGAAAAAUAACAUUAAGUGUUGUAAUUUGUAAACACAGAACCAUGAUUUAUGUGUUUUACUGAUGGUUAACACAGUAGCACAAACACCCAAAACUGUUUAAAAUAUAACAACAUAUUAAACGUAAAUAUGUACCAUUUACCAUAACUUGUAUGUGGUUUUAAUGAGGUUUAAUUAUGCGCUAUUUCUCAAUAUUGGCAUGUUGAAAAUAUAUACAAAUAUAUAUGUUUAUCCUAACCAGUGUAACAAAUCAGAAAAUAGAAUAACAAUGAUUCUAAG